AAAACGAUGUAGUAUUAGAGGUGGUGCGUAAAUGCCAUAAAACGACGUCGUUUCACUCUAAAAUUGCUUUUGAAGAAUCCUCCCUCAAACUUCAGGGACCACUUUGUUUGCACUUUGGAAGGCGAGUGUAAUGGUGCGAGGGAGAAUAAAAAAUCGCAAGAUGAGGAAGGAAGAUACAGUGAAGCUGAUUAGCACUGAGGGUUUCGAAUUCUUUGUUUAUAAGGAAGCUGCUAUGGUUUCACAGACCAUACACAACAUGCUUACCUCUCCAGGGAGUUUUGCUGAGAGGCAGCACGACGAGGUUACCUUCCUUGAGAUCAGCACCACCAUUCUUGAGAAGAUUUGCUAGUAUUUUUACUGCCAUCUCUAAUUCAGAAAAGGGAAGGAAACAGAGUUUCCUAUUGAAUCUGAAUUAACUUUGGAGCUAAUGAUGGCUGCUAAUUACCUCUAUACAUGA